AUGAUGCGGGUUUGGCCGGCUCGAUCGGCGGUUGUCGUGAUUUGCUUGCUCCUGGUCGCCAAUGGUUUGGCUUCCAUCAUUGUACCUGGCCGGAACGGCGCACCACAUUGGCUGGAUACGGACGGAAAUCGAAUCGAAGCCCACGGCGCUGGCAUGCUCCAAAGCCCGCAAAAUGGCAUGUGGUACUGGUACGGUGAAAGCAAGAAGACGGAUGACCUUUCCACGCAUGGAAUAAACGCUUAUCGCGCCAGCUCGCUUUCUGGUCCUUGGACUUUUAUCGGUCAAGUGAUCCAGCAAAGUGAUGUCAAAACCUCCAUCAGUGGUCCCUUUGUCAUUGAACGACCAAAGGUGAUCUUCAACAACAAGACCAGCAAAUAUGUCAUGUGGUUUCAUCUAGAUGACAGCAAUUAUCAAUUUCGACACGCGGCUGUCUGUACUGCGACAAACCCAGAAGGUCCUUUCGAGUUUUUAUACGCUCUGCAGCCGGAUGACAUUCCUAGUCUUGACAUGAGCUUGUGGAUGGAUCCCCUCGAUCAUCAGGCAUACUUUGUUCGCAGCUGUGACAACAGCUAUGUCGGCAUCUCUCGGCUCACUGAUGACUACCUCAACACAACAGGCAUUAUUAGCACCCAUGCGUCUUUUGAAGGCAUGGCUUUCUUCAGGAUGAACAACGGAACGUUUUACAUAAUUUCCUCGCACUUGACGGGCUGGAAUCCCAAUCCUUUGAUGCUGUUCCGUGCAGCCAACAAGACUCUUGACUAUCCCAACUGGCAGGACAUGGGCAACCCGACAAACGAUAGCACCAGCUUCGAUACACAGCCGACAUAUGUCGUGCCAAGUUACGAUGAGAACGGGACACAGUACUUUGUGUAUCUGGCAGAUAAUUGGAUAUACGGGGGGCCCAACGGACUGAUCGAUGCAUCGUACAUUUGGCUUCCAAUGGUCAUCGGCGAAUCUUCGAUCACGAUUCCAUGGCGUGAUCGCUGGGAUCCAGCAAGACCUUUUGAUCCUGUGCCCUGCAGUGGAGUGUCCAGCAACACGAGUUUGGCAUUUUCGCAGUGUGAUGAAAGCGCUGCAGCGUUUCAGCACUGGUCCUUCCCCCAGGGUACCGGGCCAGUACAAAUGACUCACCAAAGCCAUCUUUGCCUGGGGCAAGUUGGCAUUGUCAGUAGCGAUAACAAGCCGCAGCUUGGCGUUGUCAAUUGCAACGCCUCUGACCCAACUCAGCAAUUCACGUUCGACGGUCAUAGUCUGCGCGCAGCCUCGGGCGAGUGCGUUGACGUCACGUACUGCGGCAAUGAAGUUUGCUAUGGUCGAUACGUGGAGUUGUAUGAUUGCAGUAGCCCCCAUGAUAACCAGAAGUUUGCUUUUGACACCGAGCAUGACCUUUGGACAUGGGAGGAUGCUGGUGCACAAUGGUGUGCCACCGCUUGUCGUUACGACUGAUGUCGUUGCUUGAUCUGCUGCUUCACGACAACAGUUCCUUUCUAUAACUCCAACAACGCCCUCCGCUGUUAGCGUCAAAUCCGUACUUCCACGCAUUUGAGCACACUCAGUGUCGGUCAC